CUCGGCUGAACUAAAUCGAAAUUUCUAUAAAAUAAUGCGUCUCGAAUCCCACGCAAUUCCUGAAGUUAUUUAAAGUUCCCGCCUGUUGGGAGAACGUCAGUCAUAUGAAAGGUGUCGUGCGGUUUGCCAGUGCUGUAGGUUCGCGUAUUUUUCGAAAAUUUCCCAGAAAUUAUUGGCAUUGUUUAAAUUCGUCGAUCGUCGACUUCCAUAAGUCGUCAGCACACAGGAUUCGUUACAGCAAUAAGAUAAGCCUGAUAAUAUCCCGAUUUACCACCGAGAGAUAUUUAUUUAUACCCACUAGAUUCAGACCGUUCAAACGAGACGCUGAUGAAUUUCCAGUACCUUCCAGAAUAAUCGUGAAUGUUCUCGAAUUUAGCCUUUAAAUAUAUAAGGAGUGAAGACCUCUGCGCAUGGGAGUGAGCGAUUGGAGUUGAAAUUGAGUAGACGUAAAGUAGUGGAUUCACAUAUUUGGUAUAUUGUGAUUUGGGACAAUUUUGAACGAACAUCUGUGCGAAAAUACAAACAGUUUAGUGUAAAACAGUUGUUUUUACGAUGGGAAAGGAUUAUUACAAAAUAUUGGGGUUAGCGAAAGGCGCCAGUGACGAUGACAUCAAGAAGGCCUAUCGCAAAUUAGCCCUGAAAUAUCACCCGGACAAGAACAAGGCGCCUGGGGCCGAGGAAAAAUUCAAGGAAGUCGCCGAGGCUUACGAGGUGCUUUCUGACAAGAAAAAGCGGGAUAUCUACGACACGUACGGCGAAGAGGGCCUAAAGGGAGGCAUUCCCGGUGGUGCAGGGAACGAGCCAGGUGGCAAUUUCCAAUACACGUUCCACGGCGAUCCGAGGGCGACCUUUGCUCAAUUCUUCGGAAAUUCGAGUCCCUUCGCAGCCUUCUUCGACUUCGGAGGCAAUCGUGGAAUGUUCGGAGGAAUACACGAUGAUGAUAUGGAUGUGGAUGAUCCGUUUGCUUCGGUGGGACUUGGUGGACCGCCGAGAGCUGGCCCAGGCGGGGCUUUCAGGAGUCAUUCGUUCAACUUCCACAACAGUCCUAACAGGAAUAAGGACAAGAAACAGGAUCCUCCGAUAGAGCACGAUUUGUACGUGUCAUUGGAGGACAUUACGAAAGGCUGCCAGAAGAAGAUGAAGAUCAGCAGGAAGGUUUUACAGCCAGAUGGUACAACGAAAAAGGAAGACAAAGUGCUGACGAUCAAUGUCAAACCAGGUUGGAAGUCUGGUACGAAAAUUACAUUCCAAAAAGAAGGGGAUCAAGGAAGGAAUAAAAUACCAGCGGAUAUAGUUUUUAUAAUCAGAGAUAAACCCCAUCCGCUCUUUAAGAGGGAAGGCAGCGAUAUCAAAUACACUGCUAAAAUUUCACUCAAGGAGGCGUUGUGUGGCUGUACAAUCGAAGUACCUACAAUGACGGACAAAUCCAUACCCAUACAUUAUACCAAUGAAGUCAUCAAGCCAAAUACAGUUAAACGUAUUCAAGGAUAUGGUCUACCUCUACCCAAGGAGCCUACACGCAAGGGCGAUUUAAUAGUUACUUUUGAUAUCAAAUUCCCCGAACAUUUAUCUCCGUCAGUUAAAGAUAUUCUGUAUGACACAUUACCCAACUAGGACUAAUUGUACUGUAAACUAGUUGUACGUUUUAGUGCAACAGGUGAAACAUCUAAUAUUAAAGCCUUUGUAAUUAAUGUAUAUAAAACUAGCUUUCUCUAGAUGACUAGAGGUUUUACAUGGUAUUAGAUACAUUUGGCCAAAUUGUCUAUCACUCGGAGUAUAAAGUGUAUAUAUACUGUUAUUUAUAUAAAAAAUAAUAUAGAGUUUGUAAAUUUUUUAGUAUUACGAUUCUUGUGUUAAUAAAUUAUUUUUUUACAUAUAUUUUUGUUAUUUUCACCAAAUUGAAUCAAAAAUUCCUAUCGGAUGAAUUGAAAAGAAUUGUUUGUAAAUUCACGCGCUUAAAUACUACACUAAUU